CAGAUAGAUCGUCCUUUGGUAUUUUAUAGGGCUGCUUCACGCACUUAACCAUUGAACUCCGUGACAUGGUGAUGAAUCUAUGGCAAUAGGAGCGCCUCCACCAUAACCCUCAUUACCUUCUGCAGCGAUUUCGCGCCCUGAACCCUCUCCUCGAAUCCGCAUUUACAUCAGUAUCCUUCCGCGCAUCGCUGCUCCUGUCGCUUCCGACUCCCUCUCCUAUAGACCGCCAGCUCUUCCCGAGACACCGGCAUAGAAGCAGCGCAGCCGUACAUCAUGAACGCCUUUCUCCAACCCCUCGGAAACGCCACCACCUCCGACCUCUUCUCCAGCGUGAGCACCUCCUUCUCCCGCGUCCCCGGCUCCGCCAUCAUCGCGCGAUACAUCCGAUCGUCGUAUCAGGACGACCCCGUCCGGUCGGCGGUCGAACUCUUCCUAUUCCUCUUCGCGUUGCGGUAUAUUAUCUCGCCACGGUAUGGCGUGCGCGGCGGCAAGAAAGGCGGCGGGAAGGUGGAGUUGAGGGACGAUGAGAUUGAGGAUCUGGUGGAGGAGUGGACGCCUGAACCUCUGGUUGGGGAGCUUACAGAGGCAGAGCUCUCGGAGGAGAAGAGCAGGGUGGUGAUUGUAGGACAAACCGGCCCGAAAGUCAAACUCAGCACCGGCAAAACCGUAACCAAUCUCGCCUCCCUCAACUUCUACAACUUCGUCGGCUCCGAAAUCCUCAAGGAGCGCGCCAUCCAUACCCUCCGCACUUAUGGCGUCGGUCCCUGCGGCCCUCCCGGUUUCUACGGCCACCAGGACGUGCAUAUAAAGACGGAGCAUGAUGUUGCGACGCACCUAGGUACGGCGGCGUGCAUCAUCUACGCGCAGGCAUUCAGCACGAUUUCGUCGGUCAUCCCGGCCUUCUCGAAGCGGGGCGACAUCAUCGUUGCGGACAAGGCGGUCAAUUAUUCGAUCCGGAGGGGACUGCAGAUCUCGCGAAGUCAGAUCAAGUGGUUCGAGCACAACGACAUGAAAGAUCUGGAGCGGGUGCUGAAGGAGGUGGUGAAGAAUACACCGAAGAAGGCUCCGUUGACGAGGAGAUUUAUCGUCACGGAGGCCCUCUUCGAGAGCACCGGCGAUGUGAUCGAUUUACCGAAGAUUGUCGAUCUGAAAUUCCAAUACAAGUUCCGCCUCAUCCUUGAUGAGUCCCUCAGCUAUGGCACCCUUGGUCUCACCGGCCGCGGCAUCACCGAAGCUCAAAACGUCGACUCCAAGAACAUCGACAUGAUUGUUGGGUCGCUGUCCGGUCCGCUCUGUGGCGGGGGUGGCUUCUGCGCCGGCUCCAACGAAGUUGUCGUGCAUCAGCGGAUCAACGCUGCCUCCUACUGUUUCUCGGCUGCGUUACCGGCUCUUCUGGCCACCACAGCAAGCGAAACGAUUGCUCUGUUGCAGACGGAGGAAGGCGCCGCGCUGAUGGACCAGGCUCGGGAGCUCAGCCGUCUAAUGCGUGCCCAGCUAGAUCCGAGGAGCGAGUGGCUCAAAGUCAUGAGCAAAGAGGACAGUCCCUAUAUCAUUGCGGUUCUGAAGAACGAAGCGAUCGAGGCGAAGAAAUGGAGUCAUGCAGAUCAGGAGGCGAUCAUGCAGGACAUUGUCGACGACUGCCUCAACAAGGGCGUCCUCAUCACCAAAAUCAAACGGAUGCCUUCCGCUCAAGGUGCCAGCGUGAAGGAUUUGGCGAAAGAAUGGCAGCCACAGCCAGCACUGAAGAUUUGUGUCGUCGUUGGCUUGACAAAGAAAGAGCUCGAGAGUGCGGGACGGGAGAUCAGACAUGCAGCAAAGCGUGUGAUCAAUGCCAGGAAGUAACAGCCUGGUCUAUUGUAUAGUUGCACUGUUAGGCGUUAAUUGGUUGGGGGACGGAACGAUAUUUGGAUGUAGCGCGCAGCGCAUAGGGGGGCUUGUAUCAUCAAUUGAAGUAAUCCUAAUCACUGAUUCCCUUCUUGUGGGCAGGGACGGGCAGUUUGCACGAGAAAUUCUGAAAUAUGAGGAUUUCUUCCGCUAGAGUCUCUAUCAUGGCUUCAUAGUCAAUCAAACCACCGUCUUAAACCCCCCG